AGGGCCGUGCAGGGGCUGCGGCUGCGCGGCCGCCCCUCAGCCAUGGCGGACGAGGAGUUGGAGGCGCUGCGGCAGCAGCGGCUGGCGGAGCUGCAGGCCAAGCACGGGGAUCCUUCUGGUGAUCCAUCACAACAGGAAGCAAAACAGAGGGAAGCAGAGAUAAGGAAUACUAUUUUAGCUCAAGUUCUCGAUCAAGCAGCUCGUGCAAGGUUAAGCAAUUUAGCACUCGUGAAACCAGACAAAGCUAAAGCAGUGGAGAAUUAUCUUAUACAGAUGGCAAGAUUUGGACAGCUAGCUGGAAAGGUAUCAGAGCAAGGUUUGAUAGAAAUACUUGAAAAAGUGAGUCAGCAAACGGAAAAGAAAACGACAGUGAAGUUCAACAGGAGGAAAGUGUUGGAUUCUGAUGAAGAGGAUGAUUACUAAUACUGUAAAACUGUCUGCCAAACAAAAGGCCUGGAAAAAGGCCACGUGCUGUUAUCAGUGAGAAUGGAAGACCUGGAAAUGUUUAUACUACUUUACUUUUUGGUUAGUUUGAGGGGGGGUUUUGUGUUUUAGUUUCUUCUUGUGGGUUUUUUUUU